AUCGCCACGACACCACAAACACAACACGUUCCUUCUCUCUCCACUAAACAUGGCCGAGUCACCCUCCGAGUCAACCUCCGACUCGCCCACCAUCACCACACACUCAAACGCCGCAGAAACCGCCAUCGCAUCUAUUUCUACGCCCCGUUCUCACCAUGCCGUCCCCGAUAUCCCAAUCGAGCUCAUCGGCGAAGAAGAAAUGGCCCUCCUCGAUGCCGCCCUUGCUGCCACUCGCGCCAUCCUCUCUCCCUCGCUCCGUUCUCCCUCUUCGUCUCGGGUCCUCUCCGUCGGUAGCUCCAGGUCUAUCCGUUCCAUUACCCUCUUGUCCAAGAGGAAGAUCUCUGGUUGUACGGACAUGGAGGACUCGUAUCUGCAUCGGUUUAGAAGAAAUCAGGCUCUGGGUGUCACGGAUCUCACCGGAACAGAAUGGUGUGAGAAACAGAUGGAGAAUGUUCUUCUUUUGGGCAGAAGAAAAGUCAGCAAAGCCAUGAAACUUGGUCAGGCCCGCCACUUAGAGCUUGAGGAGGAGGUUGUUAGAAGAAUCAAAGUAAGAGUUGAAUCAACUGAAGAUAAGUGGGCUCUCAAGCUCGCAAAUUCCAUUGCAGGGGUGAAUCAGUUCUUGUUUGAAGGACUUACCCGCGAAUUGCCACUCUUAGGAUUUGUGGAAGGUCAAUGGAUUGUGGGGAUCAUUGAUGAGGUCAGAAAGCCGCCUACAGAGUCUUCUGAUAGCUGCCCGUUAUUGAUAGACACAAAGACUCGUCACCGUGACACACUACCAGCUGAACCUCAAAGGAGGAACGGAAAGCUUCAGUUAAUGCUGUACAAGCUUGUAUGGGACACUUUAGUUACCACUGGCUUUCCAUCAAGACCCUUUUUCAGAUACUUCUCUUUGAAUCCUCACGAGGUUUUAUCCCGAGAAGUCAGAGAUAACAUGGCUAAUGCCGGAAUCACAGCACAGACUCUGGAAGAAGUAGUUGGAUACUACGAGAAUACAUUUAAGAUGCUUGCGAUAGCUCAGGACCAGUUACUACUUAGGUACGAGUUUCAGAAGGAUCAGUCACUUCUAGCCGAGAUCAGAUUCGACUAUGACCGAGAAUGGACCAUCAGAAAAUUCGGAGAAAUCCUUGACUUCUGGAGAGGUGAAAGGGAGGCCGAGUACACGCCAGAAGAAGAACGGUGGAAAUGUCGGUAUUGCCAGUUCGCUUCUGCUUGCCCGGGAAACCCUAAUCUAGAUUCUUCUGCCUCUUCUCCGAGCUCACCUCCGAGAGAAACCCCUUUAGCUAGCUAGAAGAAGAGAUGACACUUUGAGGUGUUGUUCUCCAAAGGUGUUAACAGGGUUCUCACACAUUUACUUCUCUACCCUUUGAUUGGCAGCAUUUUAAAUUGUUUCGGUAUACCAUCCGUUUAGUGUUCUUGUAUUGGUUAUAUCAUUUUCCUAUUGUUGUACAUAUGUUAAUAUGUAUACCAUUGUUCUCCGGUUUGCUAUCUGUACCGAGGUCUGAUCGGUAUAAUGAUGUUAUAUUAUUCUGAUAUACCAUCGGUUUGGUAUUCUUCUA